AUGGAGCGCCUGGGGCAAACCAGAAAGAGGAAUGCUCAUACAAGUUGCUAUGGAGUUACUAAGCCAAAUAGAAGAGGAAGUACCACUGAAGCUGUGCAAAUCCUAAAAGAGAAGUUUAAGAAUAAGAAAGAAAUCCGAAAGGAAGAAAUUGAACUAAAGAAGAAAGAGCAAGAAAAUAAAGCCGCACAGCAUCAGAUGCUUAAAGAUCUGCAGAGACAGAACCAGCAACAAUACCAGGAUGUAUUGAGAAUCAUGCCUGAACAGCAACACAGGCAGGAACAACAGCCGCAAAACUUUCACAUGCUUUUUCUUGCAACAGCAACAGCAACAGAGUAA